AUGAAGCUCUCUGCAACAAUCCUUGCCUUGGCAAUAUACGUCUCUCUCGCCACUGCCCAAUCUCAAGAAUGGGGUCAAUGUGGUGGAAUUGGCUGGGCAGGUUCAACUACUUGUGUUUCCGGAACGGUGUGCACAGUAAUUAAUGCGUACUAUUCUCAAUGUCUACCUGCAAGACCCAGCAGUGAGUGUACCGGUCCAACUUCCACAGCGAGUAUUCCACCUGCACCUACUGGGUCAAACAGUAAUGCUCUUGCGAGAGCGGCCGGCAAGCUGUACUUUGGAACUGCUACGGAUAACAGCGAGCUCUCGGAUGCGGCCUACGUUGCUAUUCUCAGCGAUGACUCUUAUUUCGGACAACUCACGCCGGCAAACAGUAUGAAAUGGGAUGCGACGGAGCCUGAGCAGGGAGUCUUCACCUUUUCUGGUGGUGACCAGAUCGUAAGCCAGGCAAAAGCUCACAGUCAAAUUAUGCGAGGACACAAUUGCGUUUGGUACAACCAGCUGCCUAGUUGGGUGUCCAAUGGAGGUUUCACCUCCGCGCAACUCACUAGUAUCAUCCAGAAUCACUGUAGCACACUCGUGAGCCACUACAAGGGUGAAAUUAUCACUCAUGCCUUCGAAACAGAGCCCUUCAAUGACGAUGGAACGUGGCGUUCGGACGUGUUUUAUAACACCCUUGGUACUAGCUACGUUGACAUCGCUCUUCAGGCGGCUCGCGCAGCUGACCCUGGGGCAAAAAUUUAUAUAAAUGACUACAACAUCGAGAUGACUGGAGCCAAAGCAACUUCAAUGCUCAACCUCAUCAAGGAUCUUAAGUCUCGCGGCAUUCCAGUCGAUGGUGUCGGUCUGCAAUGCCACUUCAUUGUUGGAGAAGUACCGACGUCCCUCCAAUCGAUUAUGCAGCAAUUUACUGCUUUGGGUGUCGAGGUUGCCAUCACCGAGCUUGAUAUCCGGAUGACACUACCGGCAUCGACGGCUCUUUUGGCGCAGCAAGAGACGGACUACAAGAAUGUCAUUUCCGCGUGCAAAGCAGUUUCAGGUUGCGUCGGGGUUACGGUGUGGGACUACACCGACAAAUACUCAUGGGUGCCGAGUACCUUUUCCGGACAGGGCGAAGCUUGCCCUUGGGACGCUAAUCUGCAAAAGAAACCAGCAUACUCGGGAAUUACAGCUGCGUGGGCGUGA